GGGCUUAUCUGAUUACGGGUGGGAAACAACCUGAGUGAAGUGUAGCAGGUUUAUUACACUUCCAUCAGCCGGACUGCGCGCGCUCACUCUCACACGCAAACAGCGGAUACAUCAAAGACAAAAUAAAGAAUAAAAUAACACUACAUGAAGCUGGAUUUGGAUUAAAGAGCUUUUCUCUCGGAACUCUGGACUCGAGGGAACCGGGACAGGAAUUUACAGACUGGACUCUGGAGAAUGACCCUCUCACAUCAGUAUCGCUCUCUUAUUCUACUGUCCCUGCUGGCUGUUCAUAGCUGCACUGAUGGGAUGCAGGGCUGCUUGGAGAAGCAGAGGGUGAUGGGCAUGCUGCGUCAGAUGGAGAAGUUUCUAAAAGCACAGGAGAUCCGCUUCAAUGAAGGCCUCCGAAUCAUGAAGUCCAAGCUCACCAGCCUUCAGAACUCUGUCUCUAAGUUCCCACAAGCUGAUCAGUCUUCACCAUCCUCCUCCUGUCCUGCUCUGGAGGCUCCGCCCCACGGGAGGAAGUUUGGAUCCAAAUAUAUGGUGGGACACGAGGUUCACUUCACCUGUUCUCCAGGCUAUCACCUGGUGGGGCCAGGAACCCGUGUGUGCCAGGAGAACGGCAGCUGGAGUGGGGUCAGUGCAAUAUGUAAAGAUGUGAGUCACUGUGCCAGUAACCCCUGUCUGAAUGGUGGUACCUGUGUUGAGGGGGUGAACCAGUACAAGUGCACCUGUCCUCACAGCUGGAGCGGGAGCCGCUGUCAGCACCAAACUCAAACAGCUCCUCCAGAGUGGAGUGUGGUAAAUGACCCGGCCUUCAGUCGUAAGCCCCGCUGUGCUAAAGUGGACCGAGCACAGCACUGCAGCUGCGACGCUGGAUUCCACAUGAGUGGCACCUCGGAUAGCAGCAUCUGCCAGGAUGUAAAUGAGUGUGAAGUGUAUAAAGCAGACAGCAGUGGGCUACUGUGUGCCCACAUGUGUGUGAACAUUCCAGGCUCAUACCGUUGCUCCUGCCCCAGUGGCUACAAGUUGCUUGCAGAUGGUCGGAGCUGUGAGGAUGUGGACGAGUGUCUUAUGCAACUGCAUAACUGCAGCCAUGGCACCACCUGUGUCAACACCGGCGGAGGCUUCCAGUGCGUGAACCCCGAGUGCCCGCGCUCACACGGAAACAUCAGCUAUGUCAAGACCUCGCCUUUCCAGUGUGAGAGAAAUCCCUGCCCGAUGGAGAGCCGUUCCUGUCCGUUAGCACCAAAAUCUGUCUCCUACCACUAUCUCUCACUGCCCUCUAACCUGCGCACCCCAGCUACCCUGUUCCGCAUGGCCACGGCCUCGGCUCCGGGUCGCCCCGGCCCGGACAGCCUGCGCUUCGGCAUCGCCGGUGGAGGAGAUGCGAGGGGCCUGUUCAUCAUGCAGCGCUCAGACCGGCAGACUGGCGAACUGAUCCUGGUCCAGACGCUGACCGGCCCACAGGAACUCAGCGUGGACGUGGACAUGGCCGAGUACUUGGACCGCACAUUCCAGGCCAAACACCUGGCCAGAGUCCGUGUGCUGGUUUCUCCCUACGAAUUCUGAGGAGACGCAUUUUACUUUUAAUUGUGAUUAAUUAAUUAUUUGUAAUACAAAUAGUUCUAACAUCCAGAAGCCCCUGAAAAUGUGUCUUAGAUUUAGACUAGGGUUUAUAGAUCAGUUCUACAAGGAGGUAGAUCACAGAGAACAGGAUUGAACACCUUUAGUUUAUGGUGAUAAAGCACUCCAUCAAGAUUUACUCCAUGUGAUUUACUAGUGUUUACAGCUGAAUUCUAAUGUUUGGCCCAAACAAGUUAAUUGUUUUUACAAUGCAAAGUGAAAAGAAGUAAACACAUCUUCUGCAACAGACUACUUAAAAAGAACAUGCUUUGUAUGUUUUAAUGCACUGCUAAUGUUAUGGAAUGUUAGCUUCUGUAAUGGCCCUCACAUUUUAAACAUGCUGCACACGCAAGACCUUAAGAUGAUGAUUGUUGUAUGACUUACAGAAUUAGAAACACUCUUCAAUGGCUAAUGGAUGAAAUAUAUUCCUCGAUCUUAAAUAAAAAAACAGAUAUUUACAGUAAAUCUGUUAGAGGGCUUUGAUAUCUGCCAAAGUAAAGAGCUAACAUUAAAUAUUUGUGCAUGUUACAAUACAGCACAGCUGUGCAUUGUUAUUUAAAAAGCAGUAUGCUGCAGACGUUGUAUUUACUUGUUUUCUAGUUUAGAAACAUGACAUCAGCUUGUCUAAGAAUUUUGAGCUGGAGUUUGGGCAGCUUUUGCUUGUUGCCACACCUUCUCUUUAAUGAUUUGAGUCAGGAUGGAGAGAUGACAAAGUUAACUGAAGAAAACAGGUAGUGCUAUACAUGUCAUUAGUCAGGGGCCAACUGUAGCUUAAAACUUGAUGAAAUCUGCUAAUUUAAGAUACGAGUAAUUCAGAGAGUUAAUAAUGUGAGUAAAUGAGUGAAUGAAAUGAAAGUGAAUGA